AUGGCCUUGUCGAGUUAUACUAAGCCUUUCUUUCAGAAUGAGCCCUGUCCAAGCUACGAGAAGGGCUCGUCCGAUCGCGCUGCGAUUAUGAAAGCUUACGGAGAGCUGGUAUCAUCUCUUCCUGUGAAUGUUCCCCUAGAGCACAUUAGCAAGGGUGUCGACACAAAGUCCAUCCAACAAGUGAAUCCUGCAAACCACAAACAGGUUGUCGCCGAGUACAUCCCCAGCACUCGUUUCGAUGUGCAAAACGCAAUAGAAAGUGCUUUGCAGGCGAAAUCUGCAUGGGAAAACACACCAUUCGAAGACCGUGCGGCCAUCUUCUUGCGUGCAGCUGGUCUUGUUGCAGGCAAGUAUCGACACGCUCUUAUGGCCGCCACCAUGGUCGGUCAGGGCAAAAACAUAUGGCAGGCCGAGAUUGAUGCUGCCGCUGAAACGUGCGAUCUCCUCCGCUUUAAUGUUCAGUGCGCCAUGGAUCUGUUUAAGCAACAGCCUGCUGUUAACCCGAGCGGCAUGUGGAACCGUCUUGAGUACCGGCCUUUGGAGGGCUUCGUCUACGCCAUCUCACCAUUCAACUUUACAGCUCUAGGGGCGACGCUUGCAUGUGGACCGUUGCUCAUGGGCAACGUCGUUGUCUGGAAGCCAUCUCCAUCAGCAUUCCAUAGCUCCUGGCUACUUUACAAGAUCAUGAUCGAGGCUGGCCUGCCUGAGAAUGUCCUCCAGUUUGUAGCAGGUGAUGCAGAAGCCAUUACCUCAACAGUGCUUGAGAACCGAGCUUUUGCGGGAUUGAACUUCACCGGAUCAAGCGCUGUCUUCAAGCAGCUUAUCGCGCGCAUCGGCCAGGCUACUGGAGAGGACAAGUUCUUGAAUUUCCCCAGGAUCGUUGGUGAGACGGGAGGAAAGAAUUUCCACCUGGUCCAUAAAUCCGCAGAUAUCGAGAAUGCAGUCAACUGCACAAUCCGCAGUGCGUUCGAGUACCAAGGGCAAAAGUGCUCUGCUGCAUCUCGGCUGUAUGUUCCUGAAUCCAUCUGGCCAGCUUUCAAGGAAAACUUGUUGGCCAAAAUGGCGACCAUCAAGGUCGGGAGUCCAGAAGACGUGACCAACUUUGUGAACCCCGUCAUUCACGAGCAAUCUUUUGACAAGCUUGCUGCUGUCAUCGAAAGAGCCAAGACGGAUUCCCAACUCACUUUGCUUUGUGGAGGAAAGACUUCCAAGGAGACGGGAUAUUUUGUCCACCCUACCAUUUACCAGACUAGCGACGCGCACCACGAGAUUUUGCAGAAGGAGUUCUUUGGGCCACUGCUGGCCGUCUAUGUGUAUCCCGAUAGCGAAUGGGCCGAGAUCACGCAGGUCAUUGAUUCAACGGCGCCGUAUGCACUGACUGGAAGUAUUUUCGCCCGUGACGCCGCAGCUAUCCGCUAUGCGGAGGAUAAGCUCCGAAACUCUGCAGGCAACUUCUACAUUAACACGAAGAGUACGGGGUCGGUUGUAGGGCAGCAACCGUUCGGAGGUAUGCGUGGCAGUGGUACAAACGACAAGGUUGGGUCUGUUAAUGUGCUGAGCCGAUUCACAAGUGUCCGUGCGAUCAAGGAGGACUUUGAAGGGACGCCAGAUUUCAGAUAUCCAAGCAAUGAAGCUUAA